AUGCCUUGUACGCUCCUGCCUGUUGCCGCUCAGGCGCCACCACUCAACUGCGCCAACGGCGGCAUGUGGGCGACGUCGUCCGGGGCGCUUUCGCGGCCACGGUCGCGGUCACGGCGCCGGUCGCGGCCACGGUCACAGCGCCGGUCAAGAACGGUAGCAGACGUGGGAUAUGACGGCGGAGCCAUUGUGGGCGUGCUUGACACUGCGUCCGAGGUCGAGGUUGUCCCGCUGGGUGGGGAUGUGCGGUGGCAGAUGGACAUCGUAUGGCGGCGUGCAGCUCGCCGUACGACAGGAGCUAGCAAGAGCGUGGUCAUUCAGGGCGCGAUCGGGCCGCAGUACGCACCAACAGCGCUGGACGUCGGGAGCUAUCUCGAGGCUGUAGUCACGCCGCGGUGGGAGAGCGACGGCAGCCAGGCUGCUGCACCGCUGGUGUUGCGGUCGCUCGGGCGCGUCACCGUCGAGCCGGUCAUGGGCAGGACGGUGGACAAGCUCGUCGCGCGGGGGCACGCCGAGUUUCGGCUCUACUCGCCCGUUCACGCCGAGGUUGUCCUUCGGCUUGAUCGCGCCAAAAUGGACGUACUUGCUGUUCCGCACACCACGCGCGACCGGCCGACCACUCGCCGUGAGCUCUGCGCCGCUCGCCUCGCCCGGGCCGAGCUCAACAGCCACAUGGCUGUCGCCUAUGUCGGUGACGUCGACAUGGAGCUGGCUGUCGAUGCGAGCACCCACCUGCCGCUUGUGGCAAAGAACAGGUUCCAGCGCGAUCUGCUCGUGCUCACGCUUGGCGCGCUGCGAGCCGCGAACUCUGUCCCGUCGUCGUCCAGCUCGUCGAGCGGGUCCGAGUCGAUGGCGGACGGGAGUCUCUCCGACUCGUACGAGCAGCUGGUCGGUCCCUCGCAGACCUGGGCCACCCUGCUCUCUGUGUCAAUGUCGAGCACAUCCGACGACGAGUCGUCAUCAUCGUCCUCAUCAUCAUCGUCAUCAUGGACAUCGUCGUCCGGCUCUCCCCAAGACGACUCUGCCUCGUCGUAUUCGUUCUUCUCGUCAUCAACGCGGUGA